CCCCGCCCAUGAGCGAAAGAGCAGGUGUGCGCUAAACUGCGCCUUUGAGUCUGGAAAGGCCCCUGCCCGGCGGGUGCCACGUUAAUCAGCCUCGACAAAUCCCUACAAGAGACCCGCUCCUAGGCCGCCAGAGCGCGGCGGAGCGAGACACGCCAGAAGCCAGCCCAGGUCCGGAAAGGCAGCUUGCAGGCAGCUGGGUGGCGAGCGGGGCCUGCCGGAGGAGGAGCAGCGGCAGCCCGGGCCCUUGUGACAGGCUCCGGCCGCCCUUGGAGCGCGGGGGGCGGGAUCGCUGCAGGGCGCCCCCGGCCCCUCGCCAUGGCCAAGCAUGUUUUCCUCACCGGACCCCCAGGGAUUGGAAAGACGACAUUGAUCCAGAAAGCCACUGAAGUCCUAAAAUCCUCUGGGGUCCCUAUUGAUGGAUUUUACACAGAGGAAGUCAGAGAAGGCGGCAGGAGGAUAGGAUUUGAUGUCAUCACUUUGUCUGGGAGACGAGGAACUUUAUCUAGACUUGGUUCUGAUUCUUCUACUGCAAGACAUGAAUAUCGUGUUGGACAAUACAUAGUAGACCUGGUUUCAUUUGAGCACUUGGUGCUUCCUGUGCUGAGAAAUGUUGAUCUUGGUAGUGACACAGGGAAAAAAGUGUACGUAAUAGAUGAGGUUGGUAAAAUGGAACUCUUCAGCCGGUCUUUUAUUCAAGCAGUUCGACAAACUCUGACUGCUUCAGGGACCACAAUUCUUGGAACUAUACCAAUACCUAAAGGCAAGCCAUUGGGUCUCGUGGAGGAGAUAAGAAGUCGGAAGGAUGUUAAGGUGUUCAAUGUUACUAAGGAAAAUAGAGACAACAUUUUGCAAGAUAUUGUAACAACUGUGCAGGAUUGCAGGAAAUGAAGACAAUUUCUUGUUUGUAACCAUAAGCUCUUAUAUAAGUAUAUUGGAGGGCCCAACCCUACUCAGGCCUGGGGCAACUUUACUAGUGUCUUCAAUAUGAGCAGGAUUGAGUGUGUAGCACUCUAAAAUGGGACAGUGGGCUUCCAUGUUUGUCAGUCGUUUACGUAUAAUUUACUCAGUUCACAAGGCUUUAAAAAAACUCAUCCUGGGAUCUGAAAGUCAAGCAAUUGUUUCUGAUGCCAAUUAUAGUAGCACAAAUUCAAUUAACUAUUAAAUUCAACGGAACUAUUGAUUCAGCCCCUAAUCCUGCAACAUAUGGUGAGGGUAGUCUGCUGUGUCUACAGAGAAGCGUUAAAGUCAGAGCUCUGCACAGGCCCCACAGUCCUCCUGCACACUACACAUUGCAGAACUGGGGGCUGACACCUGUGUAACAGAAUGUAGUCCAAGUAAAAUUUUGCACAAUCUGCUUUGUGCAUUAUCACCACCACUAACACUGACCCUGGGGUCCUACAGCAGUGUGCCUCAACUAACUCACCAAUAUGCUUCAGCUGGGUCAGCAUUAUGAAUGAUGAUGAACAAAACAGAAUAGCUUGAUUCUCACGUCUCAGGAUAAGUAAACUGAGCAAAUGUGAUCUGAAAUCAUUAAGACAAAUACAUGAUAUAACUGGACAAUUGUCAUUUACAGAGUUGAAUUUUAGAGAAAAGAUUAGCUUUAAGUUGCUUAGACAGUACUUGAUAGGAAUGCUGCCUAUUCUGUUUAUUUUUCACAUUUUCUUAUAGCCAAAAAAAGUCUUUAGGACCAUGGCUUUCUUAAUAAAAUCUUGACAGAUGUUUUUCAUAAAAUGUUUAAAUUAUCAAGCAUUAGAUUUAAUGCUGCAUUUGACUAUCCAAGUUUAACAAUCCAUUAUGGCUUAUUGAUGCUUAACAAUUUCUGUUUAUUUCCUUUUGCAAUCCUGUGCAUGUUUUUUGGUUAAUGAUGAAACAAGAAAUGAGAGUAUUAGACAACAUAUAUCCUCAGGGGGUUUGUAAAUGUGUUUAGGAAAAAAGCAUUUACCACUUAAUCAGUCUUGCAUGUCAUAAACUAAAUUUCCAGCCAGGUGUACUUUUGUUUUCAUGCAGCUUAAAGAGUUUUCUACUUCAAAGAUUUAGGAAUGGAAAGGACUGAAUUCCUUCCUUUCUUGUGUGGAGUGUAACAAAUGUUAAAAUAAACAUGUUGGUUAAAGGCA